ACCUAUUAUGCCUGAACUAGCGAAAUCCGCUCCUGCCCCAAAGAAGGGCUCCAAAAAGGCGGUCACCAAGGCGCAGAAGAAGGACGGCAAGAAGCGCAAACGCAGCCGCAAGGAGAGCUACUCAGUGUAUGUGUACAAGGUGUUGAAGCAGGUCCACCCUGACACCGGCAUCUCGUCCAAGGCCAUGGGCAUCAUGAACUCCUUCGUCAACGACAUCUUCGAGCGCAUUGCGGGUGAGGCCUCGCGCUUGGCGCAUUACAACAAGCGCUCGACCAUCACCUCCAGGGAGAUCCAGACGGCCGUGCGCCUGCUCCUGCCCGGGGAGCUGGCCAAGCACGCCGUGUCCGAGGGCACCAAAGCCGUCACCAAGUACACCAGCUCCAAGUAAAUCUUGACACAUAAAGUAUCAUGCCAGUCCACAAAGGCUCUUUUAAGAGCCACCCACUUCCUCGGUUUAAGAGUUGUAAUGAUUUGUAUAUUGUGUU